AUGUCCGGCGGACACGAGAGCUCGAGCCUGGUGCAGGAUGACGUGGUGAGGCUCCUCGCCACCUACACGCACAUCGGCACGACGAACGUCGACCAUCAAAUGGAGCAGUACAUCUACGCACGACGCGCUGACGGUACCCACAUCAUCAACUUGAAGCAAACCUGGGAGAAGCUGCUGCUGGCCGCGCGCGCCAUCGCCGCUGUCGAGAACCCGGCCGAUGUCGUCACGGAAGCUUCGUACGCCAACGUGCCGAUCAUCGCGUUCACCAACUCGGAUUCGCCGUUGAAGUUGAUCGACAUCGCCAUUCCGUGCAAUAACAAGGCCGCGCAGGCUGUUGGUCUGAUGUGGUGGCUGCUCGCUCGCGAGGUGCUCAUCCUACGUGGCAAGGUGUCUCGUGAUGGACCGUUCCUGAUCGAGAACACCGAGAUCAUGCCGGAUCUCUACUUCUUCCGCGACCCAGCCGAGAUCGAGAAGGAGCAAGCCGCCGAAGAAUUCGAGGCCGGUCAACAAGAAGCCAUCACCACCGAGGUUCCACUCGACUUCACCGCUGCCCCGGAUAUCAAGGACUGGGCGGCCGAGGCCAACGCUGACAACUGGAAUGGCCAGCCGGCCGACAAAAAGAAGAUGGCUCCAGCACGCAAGGGCAAGACCAAGGAGGAGCAGCCCGUCGUCGCCCUGGGCCCGCAAGCGCGCGAGGGUGAGAACGUCUUCGGCGUCGCGCACAUCUUCGCCUCGUUCAACGACACCUUCGUCCACGUCACCGAUAUUUCCGGCCGCGAAACGAUCGUGCGGGUCACUGGUGGAAUGAAAGUCAAGGCCGACCGUGACGAGUCUUCGCCCUACGCUGCUAUGCUCGCCGCCCAAGACGUUUCAGAACGCUGCAAACAGCUCGGCAUCAACGCGCUCCACAUCAAGAUCCGAGCCACCGGCGGCACACGCACCAAGUCGCCCGGACCAGGAGCCCAAUCCGCCCUGCGCGCUCUCGCCCGAAGCGGAAUCAAGAUCGGCCGCAUCGAAGACGUGACCCCGAUCCCGUCCGACAGCACUCGAAGGAAGGGAGGUCAUCGCGGACGUCGCCUC